CUUGUCACUUGUUAAAGCUUGUUAACUUCUUCCACAUACUAUCGUCAUCGUCGACGACAUCGAGCAUCUAUCAGUCAGAGCAUGACUGAAGGCACAGAGGACUGGAUUGUCGCUGACAGCGAGGACGAAGACGGCUUCCAACCUCUUCAGAUUGCUGACCAGAGCAACCUCUUGAGCGGGAAUCCGUUUUCUACAGGCCCGGAAAAGAUACCAGAUCCGUCGCUCAUUCAGACUGCCUCAUUUAUUACCAGUCCGGCGCGGACUCCCCAGCGAGAACGGACCCCCGACAUAAGUAAUGCGUCUCUGUUUACGCCACCUCCGGUGUACCAACAUUCACCACCAAAUGCUUCUCCGUUACUCCCUCUAGGCGCAGACGCGCUUGUACCCAAGUCUAAACCGCGCCCACGUCCUGUCCCACGAAAGUCUCGAACUACGAACACCAUAUAUGAUGACUUCCUCAUCGAAGAUGCGUCUCGUUCCUCUGGCUCACUCAUUAGCUCUGCAUCCGCUAUCCCAUCCAAUACAUUGGCUGCAGAUAGCAUCCGCCCUCCAACCACCCCAUCUGCUGUUUCAGAAUUUAUCGAGGAGGUCAAUCCUACAUUUAGCAUUGCCGACAGGGCCAAGACGCGCUCUCGCAAGACACAGGCCAAGAAACCGACUUAUGUCCCUGUCGACCCAAAUGUGAUUGAGCUAUCAUCUGACUCUGACAUCGACGAACUAUCCCUCAGGCCUCCACGGAAGCAGCAGAAGUCUCAAGACAAGCCCGUCAAGCCAAAGCCGAGACCCAAGGCGAAACCCAAGUCUAAAGCUAGGAAAUCGCCCUCACCUAAGGUUGCUGAACGAGUCAGCGUCGAUACUCGGCCGAGCGACCUUGUUACCCUUCCUGCACCACAGGAGCCAGUACUUUCGUCCCAGCUGCCUUCUACAGCCUCGCACCUCUCAUUGUCUUUUCCGCCUUUACCUGAAUUGUCUUCUCCACCCUCUUCUCCACCUGUGAUAACUCGGAAGCGGAAGAGGGCUCCCCCGCUUGAGCCUGAUCUUCAAGGAGAAGAUAUGGAUAUAGACGUCCCCAGCGGUUCGUCGCCUUCUAUUGUAGCACCUCCUCUAUUCUCUCCACAAUCACCAUCUGUGGUUCCGCCAAUCGACAACUCACACACGCUUGAAGAAGAAACCGGGAAUGCAGAAAUUAUUGCUACUGGAAACAAGCGUCAGAAAAAGGACACAAAGUCAUCUACUGUGGCAAAGGGGAAGAAAAAAAGUCGGAAGCAGGCCGAUGAAAUCGAACUCGAAAAUAUUGCACACAAAUCCCCUCCGGACGAGGCAGCUACCCGUAAGGAUGAUCUUGUGGAGGACGAUUUUGCUGAGGAAGAGGUACCGAAAGUUACUUCGAAGAAGAAGGCUCCACUGAAGUCUAAACCUGCCGCAAAAUCGAAACCGAAACCAAAGGGAAAAGGAAAAGGCAAGGCGAUUCUCUCGGAAAGUGAGAAUGAGGAGGACGACAACUCUCCUCGUUCAAAGUCACCUAGCCAAGGCAAUCAUUUGCCCGAGGACGAAGAAUCUCGAGGCGGCAGUCCCAGGAAUCCUCAAGCGAUUGGGGUCGCUGAGACAACCAAGAAGAAUUCCCCGCAAAGCGUAACUUCCCCAUCAAAGCAGACUCCGUCCACUGGACUGAAGUCACGCGCCUUCAACAUCAAAUCCAAAUCGACCCCAAUGUCAGAGCUCAUCCGCCGUGUAAACUCACAACCAAAUUCACCAUUUGCGAAUGGCCCUUCCUAUUCGCCGUUGAUAAAGUCUUCGCGAACGAUGCUUUCUCGCAUCGCACCACUCCACCCCAACCGACGAACCCCGCCGCCACCAUUACCGAGACCGCCCCCGCCGAAAAAGAGCAAGAAGCAACUUGAGAUGGAGGAGCGUAUAGAGGAGGAGUUGUCAGAGACUGUCGAGGGGUGGUCAUGUAUGACUGACGAGGAGAGGAGGAACUUGCGAAGAGGGCGAAUUGAUGCCGAGUUGGGUUAUGAAUGAAUCAACACUGUAUUCUUAUUCCUCAUGAUGUCGUUGCUCUUUUUAUUACUAUGUAUCGUGGACC